UGUAAUUUCUUGUAUUGUAUUAGGUGACCAGGAAGAAUUGAAAAGUGGAGCGCUUUUUUUUUUUAAUUCAAAAAGUGAGUUUUUUUAGCAUAAAAAUUUCAUCUUUCUUUGUUUCAUCAUGCAUGUGCUGGUUUUUCCGAUGCCCUUUGUCCGGCUUUGGCGGCGGCCAGAACUUGGGACCAUCAUUAGGGUGCUAGUGGAAGGAUGGCAGCCAUUAUUCAGCCAAGGUCAUGAUUGGCAUUUAUCGGAUUAGUGUUUUUUAUGGAGAGAAGCAGAAGAACAAUCACAAAGUAAAGUCACUCGUAUGUUCUAUAACUGGACCCAAGAAGCCACCAAGGAAAGGAUGCGUGUAUGUUACCUUUUGUCAGACACCAAAAAGCAUAACCAAUCUGUGAAAUGCGGGAAUGUGAAGUUAAUACAAAAAUCAUGCUCAAGAAAUCCCUUUCUUCUGGCAUUGUUACUUCCUUUGUUAACAAGCUUGGAACCGGCCAAUCUACUAUAAACUCAAAUCUGAUAACUUUUGGUGGGAUGAAUUCCAUCUCGGUUCAUAACUUCCCGUUCUUAACAUGGCUUCUCGUCUGCGUGCUUCUGACAAUGGAACAGCAACAAAGGUGAAGCUAUUUGGCCGUGGCCAAAGGUCAAUUCAUGAUGCUCUAGGAGGUGGCAAAGCUGCUGAUUUGUUGUUAUGGAGGAAGAAAAGAGUUGCAGGUGCUGUUCUAGCUGGAGUUGCAGUUGUGUGGUAUCUGUUUGAGGUUGUUGAGUACAACUUCAUAACUCUGCUCUGCCAUGUCUUGAUCACUUCAAUGUUAGCAUUGUUCAUUUGGUCUACAGCGGCAAACUUCUUCCAAUGGACUCCUCCAAACAUUCCCAAAACCGUAUUGAAAGAGUCCACAUUUACAGAAGUUGCUUCAACCUUCCACUCAAAAUUUAACCAGAUUUUAUCCGAACUUCUUCGUGUAGCCUGUGGAAAUGAACCAAAGCUCUUCUUUCUGGGAUUGAUUUCUCUCUGGAUCCUCGGAGUAAUAGGGAAUUAUAUAAGCACCUUGAACCUCCUGUUUUUCAGCAUACUCUGUGCGGAAACCCUACCAUUCCUCUACGAGCAAUACGAGGACGAAGCAGAUAAUCUUGCUGGUAAACUGUACAAACAGAUGAGGAGCACAUAUAGGAAAGUUGAAACUGAUGUUCUUGCAAAAAUACCUAGAGGACCACUGAAGGAGAAAAAGGAGACCUAGUAUGGGAAGACACAAUUUGAGUGAAUUUUCCAACUGUUCUCCAAUUGGAGUUCCACAUCACCACAAAGCGAAGUGUACAUAAUUGGUUUAUGUAUUGCGUCCAUGAAAGUUAUUUGCUGAGACGGACCAACAUACAAUAUAAUGGCAUGCAAUACAAGCAUGCCAAAACCAUAAGUAUGACUGUGUUAUAAGGCUUUUAGUUGCAGAAGAUAGAAUGUUUAUCAAUUCACAAAAGGGUGCAAGAAAAUAUCUUUUCAAAUUGGCAUAGAAGAUUUUGCGUAAUGUUUGAUGAAUUAAGACCUGGUGCAAUUUUCAAGAGGUGAUGCAAUACAAACAAAUAAAGUCUGAGAAAA